AGUUGUGGCGGGGGGGGGGGGGAAGGCGACUGCUGUUUCCCGCCCUCCCCUCCCCCAGCGCUCGAAAUGGAGCGCAACUUGAGCGCGGGGCUUGGCAACGAGUCUUCUCGGGCAGCAGCGGGGGGGACCAGCGGGGAAGCGGCGGCGACUUGGGUUUUCGGCGCGGUCCUCUCCGUCAUGUGUGUGGCUGGCGUGACGGGCAACGUGUACACCUUGGCGCUGCUGUGGCGCUCGGGCCGGGGAGCCCGGAGCGCGCCUUUAUCCGGCUCCAUUGCCAGCCUGGCUCUGGCCGACCUGCUCUACCUGUGCUCCAUCCCGUUCAUCGUGGGCACGUCGCUGGCCCAAGACUGGUACUUCGGCGAGCUGGGCUGCCGCUUCCUGCUCAGCCUGGAUCUGCUCACCAUGCACGCCAGCAUCUUCACCCUCACCGUCAUGUGCACCGAGCGCUACCUGGCCGUCACCCGGCCGCUGGCCGUGAGGUACCGGGCGCCGCGCUUCCGCAGGAUCACCGCCGGCGCCGUCUGGGGGAUCUCGCUGCUGCUGACCCUGCCUAUGAUGCUGAUGGUCACCCUGAGCCAGAGCGGCGACGGCAAGCAUAUCUGCGCCCCGACCUGGAGCCCCGCCGCCUUUCGGCUCUACCUGACGGUUCUUUUCAGCACCAGCAUCCUGGCCCCCGGGCUGCUCAUUGGCUGCCUCUACGCCCGCCUGGCCGCCACUUACUUGGAGUCUCAGAAGAACCCGCCGCGCAAAACGGGGCCCAAGCGCUCUCCCCGCCAGAAAGUUCUCAUCCUGGUCUUCACCAUCGUGCUGGUCUUCUGGGCCUGCUUCUUGCCCUUCUGGAUCUGGCAGCUGGUGUCCCUUUACCACGGCCCCCUGGGGCUGCCGCUCCACAUCCAGAAGUAUAUCAACUACCUGGUCACCUGCCUGACCUACAGCAAUAGUUGCAUCAACCCUUUCCUUUAUAUCUUGCUGACCAGGAACUACCGCGAGUAUCUUCGGAACCAGCAUAGGAAGUUCUACCGCUUCACCUCUUCCUUUCGCAAGAAGGGCUCCAACUUGCACUGUUCUUGGAGGCGGUCGUCCUCUUCGGGCACCCAGUAUGAGUCUGGGACAGAAGGCCUGGGGAUGGCUGCCCUAAAGGACUGCAAGUGAACGUCGUCGUCUCCCUUCCCUUGUUGGGAACGGUUUCUAAAGACCAUCCAGGUGGGGGCCCCCGAGCAAGGUGAUGGCGACGUCUUUGAGGUUGUGCUGAUGAACUGUGACAUAGUCAAGUAUUUGAUAGAUCACAGGCUGGUCUGGUCAAUCCUCAACCUGCAUGUAGCCCUUUACACAGUAUGCCACGAAGGACUGGCAGUACAUCAUCAACUUCAGACUGCAGGACCCAGGUCAAGACCAAUGUUUUCAAGAUGUAUUUAAUAAUAAUAAUAAUAAAAACUCUCUGACAAUUUAUCACUUGUAGGAACCUGCUACAACCUGAAAAGUGGAUGCAGUUUAAAAAUGUCAUCACUCAGACUGCAACAAUGGUAGUUGUACUGAAUACCUGGGUGCACCAAGAUUGCUUUUGAUGAAAUCCAUGAGACCAUUUCAGCAGCCCUCCGGGCCAAAACAAAAGCUAUGCAAGCUGGCAUUUAUCAUCUAUCUCAAAGAUACACAGUUUAAAAUAUCUGCAGUCCAAAGUACAGGAGAAACUGCAAGAAAUGCAGGCUGAGCGGUAGCUGAGAAAGCCUGCUAAGCAGAUGGAAUGCUAUGCAGAUAUGCAUGCCACCGGAGAGUUCUUCAGCACCAUAAAAGCCAUUUAUGGUGCUUCUAAAUUGGGAUGUUCCCACUUGCUGUCAUCUCCUGGAGUUGAACCAGAUCAACUGACCAGGAAGAACUGAGAACUAUUGGACUGAGCACUUUUCCAAAUUAUUGAAUAGUUGAUCCUGAUGUUUUACAACAGAAAUCCUGACAUUCCUCUGCUGCCAGUCUUGGGUGCCUAGGUCUGCCUCCUUCUACUGAUGAGAUCAGGAAAGUGAUUUACCAAAGGUGGGUUUCAGCAGGUUCUGACCAGUUCUGGAGAACUGGUAGCAGAACUUUUGAGUAGGUAGGAGAACCGGUAAAUACCACCUCUGACUGGCCCCGUCCCCAUCUAUUCUCUGCCUCUCGAGUCCCAGCUGAUUGGGAGGAAAUGGGGAUUUUGCAGUAUCCUUCUCCUGGAGUGGGAUGGGAAUGGAGAUUUUACAGUAUCCUUCCCCUGGAGUAGGGAGCGAAUGGAGAUUUUACAGCAUCCUUCCCCUGGAGUAGGGAGCGAAUGGAGAUUUUACAGUAUCCUUCCCCUUGAGUGGGGUAGGAAUGGAGAUUUUACAGUAUUCUUCCCCUGCCAUGUCCACCAUGUCAUGCCCACCAAGCCACACCCACAGAACUGGUAGUAAAAUCCACUGGAUUUUACAUAUGAACUCAAAUAGAGCAACAGGGCAGGGUAGCGUUCUACUGCUGAGAUCUACAAAGCCCUCAAACUCUUUACAGAUAUUCCAGUACAUCUUGGCAGAUACUUGGCUCAUAGAAGAGAUGCCUGAAGAUUCUGUGAUGCCUUCAUUGUGGCUUUCUAUAAAACUAAGAGAAGAAAAUCAGACUAUGAAAACUACAGGGUAUCUCACUGCUGUCCAUCACAGACAAGAUUUUUGCCUGCAUUCUCUCUUCAAACUUGUCACUUCUUGGAAAGGAACCUCUCAGGGACACAGUGAUGGGCUAGAACAAAGUACAGCAGAUGUGAUAUUUACCAUGAAACAAAUCCAUCAAAAAUGCAUUGAACAAACAAACUUCUUGACUGUCUUUAUUGACCUGACAAAGGCAUUUGACACUGUAAACAGGAAGUCUCUUUGACUUUACUUCUUGAACCCACAAAUGAAGUGCCUCCAUACAGUCAUUCAAGAAACCCUUUUUGCUGAUGAAUGUGUUCCCAGUGCACAAAGACAGUGGCUGGCAGUUGAUACUGAACAAAUUAUCAGACACUGCUAUGUUCUUUGGCCUGACUUAUCUGCCUGAAAAGAACUGGUAGUUCUAUCAACCUGUGCCAAAUACCAACCACAUUGGUAUUUGAUCCAAAAAUCACUAUUGAUGAUACCCAGCUGACAAAGGUAAGAAGUUUCAAAUACUUGGGAAGCAAGUGAUGGGUCUUUGGAAGAAGAAAUUGACUCCAAAGGCCAACUAGACUCUGUACUAGGAUUCUCAAUCAACACAAUACCCUUAUCUCCCCAAAUCUGAAAGUCUACAGAGCUGUGGUUAUCCAUGUUCUCUUAUAGGGAUAUGAAUCCAGGAUUCUGCAUUGAUGACAGAUCAAACAUCUGGAGAAAUUUGUUGGAAGGCAUGUCUCCAGCCUGGAGGUUUUGGAUCACAGGGAAUCCACCAGCAUUGACUCGAUAUGGUAGGUGAGAUAUGUCAUCAGAAUAGACAUCUGCUAUAUAUCCUGCUAGUUGCUCUCUAGUGUACUGGAGACCAGAAAGAAACCUCAGGGUCAUUACACAUAUGCUACGAAGAUGCUGUGUGAAAGAAACCCUAUACCGCUGUCACAUCCAGCUAAGGCAACUAGAAGUUAUGGCUGCUGACACAACUUGCUGGCGAGCUCUGUGUUAUGAAGCCUCCACUGGGUUUGAAUAGACAACCAUUAGUAGCAUCAAAGAAUAAUAUUUAUAGCUAUUAUAAUGGACUUCCAAUGCCCCUUUUAUGCUAUAUUCUGUGCUGCCAGACUGCAGAGCAAUCUCUGAGUUCACAGAUGAACUGCACAACAGUAUGUCUUUUUCGACUCUGAAGAUCUCUCUUUCCAUCCCUCCAUCAUCUAUCUAUCUAUCUAUCUAUCUAUCUAUCUAUCUAUCUAUCUAUCUAUCUAUCUAUCAUCUCUAGCUCUAUCUAUCUAUCUAUCUAUCUAUCUAUCUAUCUAUCUAUCUAUCAUCAUUUAUAUAAUUUACCCAUCUUCCAAGUCACUUUCAUGAUACUCUGAAGCAGUCUUUUGUAAAUGAUAUAAUUGGUUUGCUUAUAAGCGCCAAUGUUUGUGACAGUUCACCAAACUAUGUUAAAAUGGUAUUGGAAAGAAAAUGGGAACAUCUGUGUUUGCUGUCAGGCAUGAAGAUUGUGGAAUAUGACUUGGAAUCAAUUGCUUCAGGGAUAUGACUUGGGAUCCAUUGAUGACUAAACAUAAUUUGUUUUGCAGAUUUAUAAAGUAUAAAGAUACAGAUCUUUCAGCACAACUUGUCAGUCCAGCUGCCACAUUUUGCACCAAUAACAGUUUCUGGAAAUGUUUCAAGAGUAGCUUCAUAUCAAACAUAUUGCAAUCACCAAGGAAAGGCUGAUCCUAGGUGUUAAAAAAAAAAAACACCUCUUGCCAAAUUUAACAGCUCCAGAAGGGUUGCAGCUGGUCUAUCUGAGGUACUUCUGCAAAAGUGCUUCUUGACCUACAGCACUGCCUGCAAAUCCACUCACAGCUUAGACUCAAGGAGUUCUCCCAGGUUGCACUGGCUCAUUCAGGAGAAGUGGUCUCAAUCCCCAAGUCCUCCAGUGGUGGAGCGAGGGAGUUGUGAUAUCUGUAUGCCUGCAGUCAUUUUAUUCAUCCGUAUUUGUGCAUGCAGGCGAAACAUAAUGAAUUCCUUAUUUCUUAGGUGUGAAGUAAUAACUAGCUAUAGGAAUAUCUGCUUCAUUUUAAAAAAUAAAUGAUUUGGGUAGGCUUUUUGAAUAUUCACUCCAUUUCUUCCUGUAUGAUUCUUUGUUGGUUGAAACUUCUUCUUCAUUACCAACUCCACUGAUUUGUCCCCUGUUCCAUCCGAAAAGAGAACACAACAUGUUUAAAGUACAUGUUGAUCUGCAAAGGAGCACCUUUUAAUUUACUGCAUUUCUCCUGAUGCUUUAACAAAAAAAAAAGAAAAAUAGGGAGGUACUUUGAAUUCUCUUUCCUGCUUGUUUAACGUAAAAUAUUUUAUCCAUAACUGAUUAUAGAAAGAAUGCAUUUUCUUUUCUUUUUUCUUUUUUUAAAUUUUAUUAACAUAGACAAACAUAAAACACAAAUACAUGUAAACACUUAUACAUUAACAAAAAAUCAAUCGACUAACUUCUAGAAAACCUUCGCAUCGGUGAUUAAUGUCCAUUUAACCAAUUUUCCUUAAUCAUACUAUUUACAAAUUUACUUGCUUAUACCUUAAUACAUUCAUAGAAGUUCAGCAGUAUCUUUCUACAAUCAUAUUAACCAUUUAUUUAUACAAUCCUACGGCUCAUCUCAUGUAUCUAUUUCUGCAAUUCUUGAGUUAUGUUCUCCUAGUGUCCUAUGUUGUUGGCCCUAUCCUUCCUUCUAACCAUGUGUACCAUUUUUGCCAAACUAAAUAAAAGUCAGUGUUCUCUUUA